AUAAAAAGAGAAUCUCAGCUGAUAACUUGUUCCUUAACCUGUGCUCUCCCUCCCAUUUUUCUGCCCAAGAAAGUUGCUUGUAAUAAACUCAUGCUCCUGUCUACUCUGAAUUUUUUCAAUUUCAUCAGAAAUGAAUUUUGGGGUCUUGACCCACAGAGAAGCCUCUACUAAUGCAGCCAUUCCAGGUUCUAUUGAGCCCAAAAAUUACAAGGCAAAUGGAUCUGGGAAUCUUAAGGACAAAAGAUCUGAAUUUGCUGAGGAUAGUUGGAGGGUUACCAAAAUGCCAAGGCCUUUUCAGGUUGAAACCCCUUCCAAGAAAACUGAAAAUUUCAUUGCUUUCGGAAGAUCUAAUAUAUGGCCAUCAGUGGGUGAUGAGGGUCAGAAUAUGCUCUCAUUUUCUUCUUUAGAGCCCCAUUGCAAGAAUGAAAAUUUUAGCAGAACAAGAGGAGUAUUGAAUGAAGGGAUGCUUGGGCCUUUUGCUAGAUUGAAAGGUCCAUUCAGUCCCUUACAAUGGACGGAGCUAGAACGUCAGGCCUUGAUCUAUAAAUACAUCGUGGCAAAUGUCUCAAUUCCCUCUAAUUUACUUGUGCCUCUCAGUAGUCCUCUCAAUCCUUAUGCCUCAUCUGGAUCUGGCUCCUCUAAUUUUUGUAAGCUUCUCUACCUGGAUAAUUGCGUACAUAAUGUAUAUGGCAUGCAGAAUGAUGAGAAUCCAGCUUUAUUGCAAUGAAUGAUCGUUAACAUCUAUUUUUGUGAUCUCAUCUUGUGUUUUUUCAAUGGUAGAACCAAUCAUUAGUCUUGCUUGUACGAUGUUUUCAUGAUAAACUAUAACCUCUGUGUAUUUGUGAAAUGAAUCUUUUUACGUUGUUACAUGAAGUUUAUUCUAAGAUAUAUGGCUAGUGUA